GUAGAUCGCCUGCCAUUGAAAAAAAAAUAAUAAUCACGUUGCGCAUGCGUGGUUGAGCGCUGGAGCUGACCUGCUAAUCAGCGAUCCUUGCUUACUAACGGACGCAUUUAAGUUCAUCCAAAAGCAAGUCAUCGGUGAGGUUGUAUUAACAAGAUGAAGGCCAUGCAGGUGAUUUCCUUGACUCUUCUGGUUGUCUUGGUAACCAGCGCUCAGGUGUUGAAGUCCGGCAAAUGUCCCGAACCAGCUGUUCAGGCCAACUUUGACGCUUCCAAGUACCUUGGCAAGUGGUACGGGAUCAAGAGGCUGCAAAAUUCCUUCCAGAAAAGCAAGUGCAGCACUGCCCUCUACAGCCUGAAGAGUUAUGGAGUCCUCAGGGUCCUCAACAGAGGGCUGCUUGACGAUGGAAACAUCACUUCUGUUGUUGGCACUGCCACGGUCAAGGACCCCUCUGAGCCUGCCAAGCUGGAGGUCUCCUUCUCUCAACAUUCUCCUCCUGGUCCCUACUGGGUGCUGUCCACAGACUAUGAGGGUCACUCCCUGGUGUACAGCUGCAAGGAUAACGGCCUUGUCAGCAGGGAGCUCGUGUGGAUCCUGAGCAGAGGGCCCACUCUGCCCGAGGAGACCUUACAGGAGCUGGAAGGCAUCUUGUCCUCGAUCGGAGUCGAUGUGAACAAGAUGCUUCCCAACAACCAGAAUGAGACUUACUGCAGCCCAAUGUACGAGCAAGCGGAGACACUCCCGUUAUAGCCUCUGCAGGACUGAGACGAGGCCACUUUGUUCAAUGACAUCAUCAAGUACAGCUCCGUGCAGUGUGAGCUGCUUCACCCUGUACAUGCA